GCGGACAUCAUCCUGGAGAAGAUCACGGAGAAGCAGACGGAGGUGGACACGGCGCUGUCGGAGGGGUCCGGCUGCCCCAUGCCCCAGCUUGACCCCCGCGUCCUGGAGGUCUAUCGGGGUGUGCGAGAGGUGCUGUCCAAAUACAGGAGCGGGAAACUCCCCAAGGCAUUUAAAAUCAUUCCUGCCUUGUCCAACUGGGAGCAGAUCCUCUACAUCACGGAGCCGGAGGCAUGGACAGCGGCUGCCAUGUACCAGGCCACCAGGAUAUUCUCAUCCAACCUGAAGGAGAGGAUGGCCCAGCGCUUCUACAACCUGGUGCUGCUGCCGCGGGUCAGGGACGACAUUGCAGAGUACAAGCGCCUCAACUUUCACCUCUACAUGGCUCUGAAGAAGGCUCUGUUCAAGCCAGCAGCCUGGUUCAAAGGGAUCCUCAUCCCGCUGUGCGAGUCGGGGACCUGCACGCUGCGGGAGGCCAUCAUCAUCGGCAGCAUCCUCACCAAGUGCUCCAUCCCCGUCCUCCACUCCAGCGCGGCCAUGCUGAAGCUCGCCGAGAUGCAGUACAACGGCGCCAACAGCAUCUUCCUGCGCCUGCUCAUCGACAAGAAGUACGCGCUGCCCUUCCGCGUGGUGGAUGCCCUCGUCUUCCACUUCCUGGCCUUCCGCACGGACCAGCGUGUCCUGCCCGUGCUGUGGCACCAGAGCUUCCUGGCCUUGGCCCAGCGCUACAAGGAGGACCUGUCCUCGGAGCAGAAGGAGGCUUUGCUUGAGCUGCUCAAGUUCCACAGCCACCCGCAGAUCUCACCGGAGAUCCGGAGGGAGCUGAUGAACUCCAAGACUCGGGAUGUGGAGGAGCAGCAGCCCGCAGCCAUGGAGUGAGCAGGGACAAGCGGGGAAAAGGUGGAGCCUGAGUUGCUCCCGGGAUGCUGCUGGAUGCAGUUGGGAGC